AAGUUUCAGAGGUAUAUACUGGUCGUCGACUUCGCCCACCGGCUCCCACUGCCCGCCCCUCUCAACAUAUUCUGGUACAUCUAUUUCGUCCUGAAGUGGACCUACCGUUUGGUUACCUGUUAUUUCUGUUGCCGAAAAGGCAGAGACGCCACGGACGGUCGCCGAAACAACGUAUUGCUGCCGAUGUCUGACGAGUCGGACAAAUACUACGGACAGCGACUGUCCGAAGAGGACUACAACUAUUGGCGACAUUUGGCGCGAGAGUUCGCACUCAAAGAGGAGCUGAAGGAGGAGGACAAGGAUAUCCCGAAAAGGGAGUGGGAGGCCGUCCAGACCAUCACCGAGGAGAUCGAGCACGAGAAGAAGGUGUUGAGGCAGUUGAAGGGAAAGGUAACGGAAUUGGAGCGCCUUAUGAACCAAUCGCACGUCUAUUUGGAAAGAAUUAAACAUUUGGCGACAAAACACUACGGAAACGAUACGAGUGUUUCGGGCGGCACCGGUGGCUCACAG